UCAAACAUCAAAUAAUAAUACGAAUUUUUUCAUUCAACUAUAAAACAUGAACUGGAUAUUUUUGUGUUUUAUUUGCUCAUUAAUCAGUCCUGUUAUUUUGGAAACUCUAAGACCAACUUUUACUAUUGAUUAUAAAAAUAAUGAAUUUCUCAAGGAUGGCAAAGUAUUCCGAUAUGUUUCUGGUUCAUUGCACUAUUUCCGAGUCCCUCAACUUUAUUGGAAAGAUAGAAUUCAAAAAAUGAAGGCUGCUGGAUUAAAUACUAUAACAACUUAUGUAGAAUGGAGUUUACAUGAACCAUUUCCUGGGGUAUAUAAUUUUGAAGGGAUCGCUGAUUUGGAGUAUUUUAUUAAAUUAAUCAAAAAUGAAAACAUGUAUUUAAUUUUAAGACCAGGACCAUAUAUAUGCGCUGAACGAGAUUUUGGUGGAUUUCCCUAUUGGUUAUUAAACGUGACACCUAAAAAAAGUUUGAGGACUAACAACUCAAGCUAUAAAAAAUAUGUUUCAAAAUGGUUUGAUGUACUUAUGCCAAUAAUUCAACCUUAUUUAUAUGGGAAUGGAGGAAAUAUAAUUUUGGUCCAGGUAGAAAAUGAAUAUGGAAGUUAUUAUGCCUGUGAUUCUGAGUAUAAACUUUGGAUUCGAGAUUUAUUUAGAAGUUAUAUAGAAAAUAAGGCUGUACUUUUUACAAUUGAUGGAUGUGGUCAAUCAUACUUUGACUGUGGUGUUAUUCCAGAAGUAUAUGCAACUGUAGAUUUUGGACUUUACGUGAAUGUUUCUCAGUGUUUUGACUUCAUGAAAAAGGUUCAAAAAGGAGGACCAUUAGUUAACUCAGAGUUCUAUCCUGGUUGGUUAACUCAUUGGCAAGAAUCAGAAUCUAUAAUAAACACUACUGACGUUAUAAAACAAAUGAAAAUAAUGUUGGCAAUGAAUGCAUCGUUUAAUUUCUAUAUGUUUCACGGAGGUACAAAUUUUGGAUUUACAUCAGGAGCAAAUACAAAUGACACUAAAGAUAGUAUUGGAUACUUACCACAAUUGACUUCAUAUGAUUAUAAUGCUCCAUUGGAUGAAGCUGGAGAUCCUACCGAAAAGUAUUUCCAAAUUAAACAGACACUUGAAGAAGCUAAAUAUGCUGUGACAAACGAGAUAUCACCAAAUCCCACACCUAAAGGUGCCUAUGGUAAAUUCUACUUAAAACCUUUGGUUAGCAUAUUUGAAAAGGUUACUCAACGUAUUAAACCAGUGAUUAGCAAUGUUCCAUUACCAUUUGAAGACUUAGAUAUUAAUACUGGUUUUGUAAUGUAUGAAACAACAUUAACAGAUGAUCAGAAAAAUGUCAAAAAUCCAGUAAACCUAACUGUGAACUCUGUUAGAGAUCGAGCAAUCAUCUAUCUGGAUAAAGUACAAGUGGGAACCAUGAAUCGGUUAAAAGGUAAUACUACAAUAAGUUUGAACAUUAACCGUUCUGUUCAGAAUCUAAGUAUUUUAGUUGAAAAUCAGGGAAGGAUUAAUUAUGGUGACUUUAUUGAAGACAGAAAGGGAAUUUUCGACCAAGUGUUUCUUGGAAAUAAAUCAUUAAGCCCAUGGAAAAUGACUGCAUAUCCUUUGAAUGAAACAACAUGGAUUUCUUCAAUCAAUAUGAUGAAAAAUGUCGAAAGUAUUCAAUUACCGGCAUUUUAUAUAACACAGUUUACAUUACCAAAAAACUAUACAAAUUGUUUAGACACUUAUUUGGAUACUUCAGGCUGGACUAAAGGUGUAGCAUUUUUAAAUAAUGUAAACCUUGGUCGAUAUUGGCCACUCGGUGGACCUCAAGUUACACUUUAUGUACCAGCUCCUUUUCUAAAACCAUCACCUCAUGUCAAUACUCUUGUGAUGUUUGAACUUGAAGGUGCAUCUCAAGAUUUAUCCAUAAAAUUUAUUGACAAACCUAUUCUUGAUGGUCCAAUAACAACAUAAAUUAAAAUGUAUGUUUUAUAAUUUUUU